AUGAGGCAUUCAAGUACUUUUUCAACUUAUUUUCUUCUUCUUCUUCUUGUUCCCAUUAAUGGAAAACCUGUGGUCCCUGCAUUGUUCAUGUUUGGCGACUCUAGUCUUGAUGUUGGAAAUAACAAUAAUUUAAUUACUCUUGCUAAAGCAAACUAUAGUCCUUAUGGUAGAGAUUAUGAGAAUCAUAUUCCCACAGGAAGAUUUUGCAAUGGAAAACUUACUAUUGACUAUGCAUCUGAAUCUUUUGGAUUUACCUCUCCGCAACCUCCUUACGCCAACUUAAAUACCAAAGGAGAUAACCUCUUGCACGGUGCUAGCUUUGCUUCAUCUGGUUCUGGAUUUCUUGAUUCUACAGCAAAAUUAUAUAAUACAAUUACAAUGAAUCAACAACUAGAAUACUACAAGGAUUAUCAAAAGGAAUUGAUGAAAAUAGCAGGAAAAUCAGAUGCACUAUCCAUUAUAUCUGAUGGUGUAUAUUUUAUUGGUUCAGGGAGUUGUGAUUUUUUAUUAAAUUAUUACAUAUAUCCAUGGAAUUACAACGUGUAUACACCUUAUCAAUAUUCAGACAUUAUGAUACAACACUACUCUGAUUUGAUUCAGAAUUUAUAUGCAUUGGGAGCAAGAAAAAUUGGUGUGCCAACGUUAGUUCCAAUAGGUUGUUUGCCUGCGGCCAUCACUGUAUUUGGGUUUCAUAGCAACAAAUGUGUGGAAAAAUUAAACGAUGUUGCUGUUUACUUUAAUAAGAAGCUCAACUCAACAUCUCAGAACUUGCAAAAAAUGCUUCCCGGUGUCAAUUUGAAGGUUCUUGAGACUUAUCAACUUUUCUAUGAUAUAGCCAAUAAUCCCUCUAAAUACGGAUUUAUUGAAGCAAGGAAGGGUUGUUGUGGGAUAGGCGUGAUAGAGGUUUCAGUACUUUGCAAUCAAAAUUCCAUUGGAACAUGUGUUGAUGCAUCUCAAUAUGUGUUUUGGGAUAGUUUCCAUCCCACAGGUGCCUUUAACAAAAUUAUGGCGGCUCAUUUGGUUUCAGAAGCCUCCCCUCUUCUAUCUUAA